CCUUUAGCCAGUGAUGUGUGUGUUUAGUAUUGAUCCAAUUCUCAAGUUAAGGUACUCUGGAGAAGUUGAAAAUCAUAUUAGCAGUGAAACUAGAGGUACAGGUUUGGACGCAUAGGGCUCCGUUUGUGUCAAGAGAGCGUACACAGGGGUCAAUUUGUCAAAUCGGUCGAGAAACUGGCGGGAUAAAAACUAAACAUGAAGAUCACAGAAUUGUCUACCCGGAUGUCGGAAGUACUUGAUGACAGUGGGGCAGGGGAACAUACUGUCAUGGAGCGGAGACGAACUUACCUGAGGAGGGAGCGGAUGGAGACGCUGAACAACCGACUAUUGGGGAAUAAUAAGCAUUGUUUUCAUUUUGGUAGCCAAUCGGAAGGGACCACACUACCCGGUCUCCAGUCUGAUGUUGAUUCCCUAGCGAUAGACAACAAUGAAAAUAUCAUGACAGUCGUGGAAGACUGGGAGGAAGGGAUGAGGAACUAUCUGAUGCUCCACGACGACAGCACAGAUCCUCAACAGUACUUGCUACAAGUCUUCAGAGAUGACACACCGGAACCGGAGACAAAUCUGCAUGAUGAUGCGUUUGUAAUGAAUGAUUCUGGGCAAGUACUGUUAAGCGCUGAAAGGUAUAAGCAGGUCAUCGAGCAUCAGUCUACGGUUAUUGGAGAGACAACCAAACAUGGGCCAUCGGUAAGCUGGGUGCCUGAUUGGGAUAUAGUGCAUGCACUUUACGUACGCAAACCUCUUCGUGAAAUACAAAAUUGGAUCGACAGAUGUAGAGGAAGACCCUGGCCGCCUACCCAGCUACUUGAGGCUGCACGGGAAGCUCCGUGUUUCUUAGUACCAUCUGGUCAUCCAGACAGUAAGAACAAACGCGAUGAAUGGCGACUGUCUCCGAAUCUUAUAGAACGCAUGUUGAUGUUUAGCUUUAAUAUUGCGCAAAUAAAAUGUUACAUUAUUUUAAAAUUACUUAACAAGUCCCUAUUUGCUAACGUUGUAGGAGAUUCUAUAACAAGCUUUCAUUGUAAAACUAUAAUGUUUUUCACCAUAGAAAGGACACGUCCUGCUCUGUGGUUCGAACACAACCUUAUGUUUUUACUUUGGUGUUGUUUACACGUAUUGAGGAAAUGUCUGCGAUUGGGAAGGCUCCCACAUUAUAUCAUAGAAGGUGUUAACUUAUUUGAUGGGAAACUCUCUACGGCGCAGCAGAUACGCUUUUUAGCAUAUAUAAACUCCAUGAUAAAAACAAAUUACAAGAUGUAUUUGAUAUUGAUAUAG